UGUCUUUGAUGUACUUGCAUUCACUUCUUGCUUUCUUGUUUCCUGUCAACUCUUUGAUACGGGCAUACAUGAGUUCAACUCUUCCCUGCCUUUCCAGCAUUUCUAUCUCUGCGCAUUGUUCUUGCCACCAUUCAUCGAAUGCUCUUUCUGUAGUUCUUCUUAGUUCAUUGUUGAGCGCUCUAUACCUCUUCCUUCCUUCUUUAUAUUAAUUUUUAAUUAAAAUUUUAAUAUGCAAAUGGAAUAUUGACGGUUCAAUUAUUUAUUCAAACGAACAAAGUUGAUUAACGAAUAAUGGAACGCUAAAAAGCAACCGUGAAAAAGCUCUUUUCACGUAAAGUAACAGAAAACAAACAGUACCGUUAACGGAUACUACUAUCCAUUUCAAACGGAGGAAACGAACUCUUUUGAGACAAAUAUAUGUAACACAAUCUAUAAUACUUAUGUGUACAUUUUCUUUCUUUUAUCUAUACCUCUGCAUGCUCACUAUGAUCCCUCUGAUCAACUUCACAAUAUGUCAAGAAAACAAAACUGUGAAUGAAAAUACUUUUCGAAUUCACUGUCACAUUGCCAUCACGCCCUUGGUCCAAAAGACCAUCUGCUAUUCUUCUUACAGAUAAAUUACAAACAAAUCUAGUUUUUUCUCAUAUAAUGAUGAAAAGGAACACGCAGCACUUUUAAAUAAAACCACUAUCCGCUAACAUGCACCACUUUUUAAAAACUGUGGAUAGCUCCUGUCACUCUUCCGCUCGGCUGAUGAUGCCUAUGAUCCCUGUGAUAUCUGUGAUCCGAUUAGCUGUGUGUUGUGGAAGUAAGGUGGGGGGUGUGACGGCAGUGUGAGAGUGAGUUCGAAAAGUAUUGUCAUUCACAAUUUUGUUUUCUUGACAUAUUGUGAAGUUGAUCAGAGGGAUCACAGGGAUCGUAAGGGGCAUUCAGAGCUACACACGAAAGAAAUAAUUCCCAUCGUGACGAAUCAUUUGUCUAUUGCAUAAAUAUGUUAUCUAAUUUUAUUGUAAUCUGUUUUACUGUAAUUGCCGCAAAAUAAGUGUCACAUUUGUCUUCUUUAAUGGUUUAUUAAUGUUUAGCACAACAAGAAUAAGUAGGCAGAUAUCUCCUCUCUGCAUAAGUGUAAAAUGCUUGCAUUUUUAUAUUUUUUCUUGUUUUAACUAUGAAAAUAAUUAUAAUUUUUCUUCUGAUUCAGUCUAUCGAUUCUCGUCUGAAUUUGUUAACAGCAACAAUAUUAGAAUUACAAGAAGCAUUAAGUUCGUAUGAAAUAACAUCACGAGAAUUAGUUCAGUUAUAUUUAGGACGUAUAGAUAAAGUCAAUCAUAAAGGACCGGAAUUAAAUGCUGUUAUUGAAAUAAAUCCAGAUGCAUUACGGAUAGCUGAACAGUUGGAUAAAGAGCGACGGAAACGGAACGAUAAAAGUCGAAGUUUAUUAUAUGGCAUACCAAUAUUAGUUAAAGAUAAUAUAGCUACUUAUGGUAAGAUGAACACAACGGCGGGUAGUUUUGCGUUGUUAGGGUCAAAAGUGCCGCGUGAUGCUACAAUUAUUGACCUUUUAAUACGAGCAGGUGCAAUUAUUUUGGGUAAAACAAAUCUGUCGGAAUGGGCAAAUUUUCGUUCAUAUAAUGUUACAAGAAAUGGCUGGUCUGCACGUGGUAAUAUCACACGUUCAGCUUAUGUUGAAGAUGGGGAGACAUCUGGAUCGAGUAGUGGCUCGGCAGUAGCUGUUUCAAUUGGUCUGUGCUCUGUAGCCCUAGGUGAGAAUAUUGAUCUUUGUUACAUUUCAAAUUGA